GGACUGUUCGUCCUGUGGCUCGGCACGUACGAGCGGCCGCCGCUGACGGUAGAGACGAAGGACGAGGAGGCCGUGUGGGCGCUGUCGACGACGUGGUCUGCGCUUUCUGAACCGUGGAACCUCGCCUUCGUCUGCGUCGCCUACGCGAACCUCACCGCGCUCUUCGUCGUCAUCCGCCGCUCCCAGCGUCGUCUCACGCCUGCGUCGCCGGCCAAGGAGCGACGGCGGCUGCGGCGCCAAGCCUGGGAGCUGUCGACCGCACUCAGCUGCGCGUUCGCGUACCGGGCAGAGCGUAUCAUGCCGCCUGCCAUGGCCGUCAUCGUCUGGACCAUGACCGCCUGUGCCAUCGUCGGAGGGCUCUACAUCCUGGUUCUUAACGACGAUGGCCGUGGAUCGGAGGAUUGCCAUGCCGUCGACGUCGACGAUGGCCAAUCCUCCUUGAACAAACUUACUGCACACGAAAUGGUGUAGGACGAACCAUAUGCACAUAUCAGUUAAUCGGUCGGCCUAUCUAAGUAAAGCAUUUUUCUUAUUCUUGAGUAGUUAUCACAAGGUACCCUUUUCUAAAAAGAGUUUUAUUUAAAAAGUAUGGUAACUUAAAGUAUUUUUUAA